GCUGUGGCGUCACAUUCAAUGUCGGCGUACACAAACAAUCACCGGUGCUGGUCCUCCUGAGUGUGGAAUGGCAAUCUCUAUUGCGAUCCUAGACUGUGACCUGCUGCUGCAUGGUCGAGGGCACAAAACACUGGAUCGAUUUGAUAUCGAGACAGUGUCAGAUGAAUUUCUGCUGACAACAUUUGGCUUCCCACGUGAGUUCAUUUAUUACCUGGUGGAAAUUCUAAAGGACAGCUUGUUGAGACGGACACAGAGGUCACGAGCCAUUAGUCCAGAUGUUCAGAUACUCGCAGCGCUGGGAUUCUACACAACCGGGUCCUUCCAGAGCAAGAUGGGAGAUGCGAUUGGCAUUAGCCAGGCAUCCAUGAGCCGUUGUGUGUCUAAUGUCACUAAAGCUCUGAUUGAGAAAGCACCAGAGUGUAUUGGCUUCACUAGGGAUGAGGCCACCAGGCAACAGUCUAAAGAGGAGUUUUACAGAAUAGCAGGAAUUCCCAAUGUCAUGGGAGUAGUGGACUGUGCACAUAUAGCCAUUAAAGCUCCCAAUGCAGAUGACUCUUCCUAUGUAAAUAAAAAAGGAUUUCACUCAAUCAAUUGUCAAUUAGUAUGUGAUGCCAGAGGACUGCUGCUGAGCGCUGAGACACAUUGGCCGGGUAGUCUGACAGACAGAGCUGUCUUUAAGCAGUCCAGUGUGGCAAAGCUAUUUGAAGAGCAAGACAAUAAUGAAGGUUGGCUUUUAGGUGACAACCGUUACCAUCUAAAGAAGUGGCUGAUGACUCCAGUGCAGAGUCCGGAGUCUCCUGCUGACUACCGCUAUAACCUGGCCCACACAACAACACAUGAGAUUGUGGACCGCACGUUCAGAGCCAUUCAGACACGUUUCCGGUGCCUGGAUGGGGCAAAGGGUUACCUGCAGUAUUCCCCAGAGAAAUGCUCCCAUAUCAUCCAGGCCUGUUGUGUGUUACAUAAUAUUUCCCUGCAGUCUGGCCUUGAUGCCUGGACUUUUGAGAGGACUGAGGCCACGGACCAAUCAGGGGAGGAUAUCGAUCCCAAUGACACUGUCGAUCCAGAGGCUCUAAGAGUUCGACAGGAAAUCAUCCAAAAUCAUUUCAGCUAGGACGGAAUUUAGGAUUCACCAUUUAAUUAUUUUUAAUUGUUAUUACACAUGCCAUUGCCUUUUUUUUGUUAAAUGCGUAGUUCACCCCAAAAUUA